AAACAGACCCUCUCCGCCCGCUCCUUCUCCUGUGCCGUCGAUCGUUUUCAACUUUAGCAGUCUUCGUAAGUGAUUGACUUCAAUAUUGCUCAGAAGUCAGAACAUUGUAUCAAAGUUACUAAAUUAUGAUAUGGAUAGAGGUGAAGUUUCUGCUGAUUAUAUUAUAGCCAAAUUAAUUGACAUGGGCUUUGAGUUUUCUAAAGCUAGUGAAGCUGUAGAACUUGUUGGUCCAUCACUUGAUCGUGCUGUGGAGUUUAUCUUGAGUGGUUCCUCUAAGAGCGAUAAUAAAGGGAAUUUGCAGGCUCUUAGCAGUUCAAGAAGUCAAAUCUUUGACCAAGGCUAUGCACCCUCUUACACUUCAAAUAGAAGGAAACAAUCGAGCAUAAAAGAUCAUCUUCACCCAUUGCAUAGGAUAAAAGGAAAUGUUUCUUCCAACUCUUCCUUUUCUAGCACUUAUGGAAGAAGCAGUUUAAAGUGCAAGGAAUUAGAUCAACAGGAUAUUUCCAAUAUUGAUACCACUUUGAAAGUGGAUUUUCCUUCAGAAUACAGUCAACAGGUAACUGAAAAUGGUGUCAAUUCUACAGCGUUAGUUUCACAAGAAAAAUGUAACUCUCAGUCUCAUAGUUUGCACAAUCAAGAAGUCAAAUUAGAGUGGGAACAAAAAGUCGGUGAUAUUUUGCACAAGCAUUUUGGUUUUUCAUCCUUAAAGGGUUUUCAAAAGAAAGCUUUGGAUGCAUGGUUAGCUAACAGAGAUUGCCUUGUUCUUGCUGCUACUGGAUCAGGCAAAUCUCUCUGUUUUCAAAUUCCAGCAAUUAUGACAAGCAAGGUUGUGAUUGUUAUUUCACCACUGAUAAGUUUGAUGCAUGAUCAAUGCUUGAAACUGGCGAAAUAUGGUGUAUCUGCAUGCUUCCUUGGGUCUGGACAAUCUGACAACAGUGUUGAGCACAAAGCCAUGUGCGGUGCAUACAAGAUUGUUUAUGUUUGCCCUGAGACAAUAUUAAGGCUUGUAGAGCCACUUAAGGGUCUUGCAGUAAAUCCUGGGAUCACACUGUUUGCUAUUGAUGAGGCUCAUUGUGUUUCUAAGUGGGGUCAUGAUUUUCGGCCUGAUUACAGGCGAUUAAGUGUGCUGAGAGAGAACUUCACACAGUUCAAUAUUCCCUUGAUGGCAUUGACUGCUACUGCAACAAAUCCUGUCCGGGAAGACAUUUUGAAGUCAUUGCACAUGUCAAAAGAAACAGAGAUUAUACUGACUUCUUUUUUCAGACCAAAUCUUCGAUUUUCAGUUAAACACAGUAGAACAUCUUCAGUGUGUUCAUACCGUAAAGACUUUAAGGAGCUGAUACAAGCUUACACAGCUACAAGGAUGGCAAACAUAAGAAAACAGAAAGCUAGUGCCAUUGAUAAUGAUAACUCUGACACCAAUUCUUCAGAUUAUGUUAAAUCUGCUGGAGAAGAAACUUCACUAUCUAAUAGUGAGGAUGAUGAGGGUGGCAGCACAUAUAAAAAUUGGGAAGUCAAUGGGUCUAAUGAUUAUGCAUCUCUUGAAAAGAUUCAACUGACUGUUGAGUAUCUAGAAGAUGAGCUGGACAUUCCUUCGUUUUCAGAUGAUUUUGAUGUUUCUUGCGGUGAGUUUCCUUCUAUUGAAUCCGAGAAUUUGAAGACUUUUGACACAUCCAAAUCAUUUGAUAUGCAAGUGUCUUUGGAAGAAGGUCCAACAAUUAUCUAUGUUCCUACUCGAAAAGAAACUUUAAGGAUAGCAGAUUAUCUUUGUAAGUUUAAUGUCAAGGCUGCAGCGUAUCAUGCAAAGCUACCAAAAAGCCAUCUGAGACAUGUCCAUCAUGAAUUUCAUCAAGGCUCUAUACAGGUUGUUGUAGCAACAAUUGCUUUUGGAAUGGGAAUUGAUAAGUCCAAUGUUCGAAGAAUCAUCCAUUAUGGAUGGCCACAGAGUUUGGAAGCAUACUAUCAAGAAGCUGGUCGAGCUGGGAGAGAUGGAAAACUCUCAGAUUGCACUUUAUAUUCAAAUCUAUCACGAAUACCAACGCUUCUUCCUAGUCAAAGAAACGAUGAACAGACAAAACAAGCAUAUAAGCUGUUAUCUGAUUGUUUCCGGUAUGCUAUGAACACUACUACUUGCCGAGCCAAAGCAUUAGUGGGUUACUUUGGGGAGGAGCUUGACUGUGAUGGAUGCCACUUAUGUGACAUCUGUGUUGCUGGACCUCCCGAGAUACAAAAUAUGAAGGCUGAAGCAGAUGUUUUCUUAGGGGUGCUAAAAGCUGAACAUGCAUAUGCUCAUAAUGCAUAUACAGAUGAUACUGCUAAUAAGAUGGUUGCUGGGAGGCCAAACUUCAGGAUGGUAGUAAGCCGAAUAAGAGAACAGUUUCGCAAGUUUGCUACAAGUGACCCGGUUUGGUGGCGUGGCCUUGCACGAAUUCUGGAGGAAAAGGGGUACAUUACAGAAGGAGAUGUUUUGGUUCGUGUGUCAAUCAAAUAUCCAGAGCUAACAGAACAAGGCUUGAGAUUUCUCCGCUCCGAAUCUGAAAAGGAGUUUUUAGCAUAUCCAGAAGCAGAUAUGCUACUCUCAUCAAAAGCAGACAAGCCGUAUUCUUCUUUCUCCGAGUGGGGGCGGGGUUGGGCAGAUCCAGAGAUACGCCGCCAACGUCUCGAAGGUAAAAAAUAUCGGAAAAGGAAAAGAAGACCCGCUCGUAGAAAGAAUCCAGAACCAAACACAGUAAGAGGAAGGUUAUCUGCAAAGCUAUCAAAGAAAAGAAUAAAUUAAUUUGGCUGGAGAACCAAAAGGGUGCAUUCAUGAUAAGUCAAUAGAUGGUUAUUUGAUAAGUGAAGCUGCACUAUUUCCUUGAGAACAGGUGGUUUGAGAAAGGUUUUCUAGUCUUUCCGAGGAGCAACCAGAACGAAUAAGGCGAGCUCAUAGUCUCUAGAAUGCAGAUGGUCUGGAGUAGGACAAUUCCUGCAGCUCCAUGCCACAGCUUGAUGACUGAUUUGCAUUUCCUGCUUGUUUGAGCCUUGAUUGGUCGGUGUUUUUAUUCCUUCACCCCACAUGCUCGUAUAGUUUUUUGACGUACAAACUUUUGCUUCAUUUGGCUGCUCAUGAAACCUCUUCCUGUUAUAUUACACAAUUGAACCCUCAAAUUCUCAAUGGUAAGCUAACUUAAUGAGCACAUUUCUUUUAA